AAAACAAGUUCACCAUGAAAUACUUCGCGCUUUUUAUGAUUUUGCUUCCCUAUUUUGCAAAUGGUGCUAAUAUUCUUAUAUUAGAAGCCGUUGCAUCUCCAAGUCAUCAUAUUUGGAUCAGAACCAUAACAACAGCUCUGGCUGCAGCAGGACACAAUGUGACAUCUUUAUCCACGGAUAUUGAAGAGGAAACGCCGGAAAACCUUCACUAUUUGCACCUGGACAAGGUUUACGACGUAAUGUACAAUCCGGAGGAUGCAGAUUUCGGCACAGAAUGGGACUUCUUUGAAAUGGGAGACAUUAAUUCAUAUCUUCAAAUUUACCUAUUGUUCGAAUUCCCAGAAGUAACAUUAAAAGGAUGUUUGAAAUCUACAGGAUUUCGUCAACUUCUGAAUUAUCCAGAUGAUUUCAAGUUUGAUUUAGUGAUUCACGAUUUCUUUGUUAUGGGAAUAAUGCUGCCAUUCGUUAAGAAAUUCAAUGAUCCUCCAGUCAUAGCGCUGACUGCAUUCUUCUCAGUUGAAUUUGCAGCUCCUAUUUUCGGAGGAACUCUUCACAGCGGCUAUCUGCCAUACGUAAUGAACAAUAAUGAGGAUUUAAGUACUCUUCUUGCACGAACAAACAAUUUUCUUCUCGGCCACAUUGAUUACUUCUUGAAAGAGUACUACGUCGCUCCCAAACUUAACAAUAUGUUAAGAAACGAUUUUCCGGGAGAUGUAGACAUUCGGGAAUUGAAUAAGAGAUCAAAACUUAUAUUGCUGAACAAACAUCCCGGAUUGGAUAUAAUUGAACAAGCCUUUCCAAAUGUUAUAUCAGUUGGUGGACUCCAGAUCCAGAGAAAUAGGACUCUCACUAAGGAUCUUCAGGAAGUCAUGGAUAAUGCCAAGAAUGGAGCGAUUCUCUUCUCUUUGGGAACUAAUGUGAAAAGUGAAAUGCUUGGAGAUGCUCGACAAAUAGAGAUUCUGGAAGCAUUCAGAGCUCUUCCUCAAUACACAUUUAUUUGGAAAUUUGAGGCUGAUUCUCUACCAGUGGAAGUUCCUUCUAAUGUUGUAAUCAAGAAAUUUGUGCCUCAAAAUGAUCUUUUGGCUCAUCCCAACAUGAAACUCUUCAUCAGCCAUUGCGGUCUCCUCAGCACACAGGAAUCGGUUUGGUAUGGAGUUCCAAUUCUUGGACUUCCUGUCUUUGCUGAUCAAUUUAAAAAUCUGGAGGUGAGUGUGAAAGCAGGACUCGCAGAAAAAGGAGAUGUGAAAAAUAUCGAAAGGAAUUCCUUUAGGAAAUUAAUUGAGAAGAUGUUGAAUGAUCGGAAGUAUAGAGAAAAUGCAAAAAGCCUCUCAGAAAUCUUCAGGGAUCAGAAGGAAACGCCUCUGGAAAGAGCGAUUUGGUGGAUCGAGUAUGUUUUGAGACAUCCCAACAUGACUCACAUGAGAUCGCCAUCGAUGGACUAUAAUAUCGCUCAGCGACACUCCUGGGAUGUUUUGGCAUUUCUGUACACCGUCUUUCUCGUCACAGUCCUGAUCUUCGUGAAGAUGUGCUGCUGCGUCUGUCGGUCCUGCACUAGGAAAAAAUCUAAAACCAAAAGGGAUUAAAUUUUUGAUAAUUUUUGUAGUUACAUAAGUGAAAUAAAACAAAGUCAUGAACUUGGCUUUUCUUACGGA